UUCUGUUUACUAUUUGUUGUCAUAAUAUUAGCAUAGACAUGUUGACAUGUAUAAGUGAUGUAGUCUCAGUUUUAUAUCAACAUUAUUUCUCAUAAUUUUUUCGUUUAUGCCAAAUCUUCGGUUGAAUAAUUCGUAUUAGUCACAUUAACCUUUUUUUUUCUUUAAUAUGGCUGAUAACACUCCAGAAAGUGAAAUUGGUAGUAUUGAAUGUUUUCAGAACUAUACUGCCUCUGAAGUAUUUAUCCAGGGGCUUGCUGGCAUAGUUGAUCAACAAGAUGUGGAGUCAAUGAUCAGGGCCCAAAAACAGAUGUUACAGAGGUUUGAGAAAACAAAUGAAAUGUUGACUAACUGUAACAACUUGUGUGUUACAAGAUUAAAAACAGCCUCUGCUGAUUUUAAAAAGCAUACUACACUUUUAGUAGAAAUGAGGAAGGAUUUAGAUAAUAUCUUCAAACGAAUUCAAGUUCUCAAAUCAAAAACAAGUGCACAAUACCCAGAGGCAUUUGCUGCUAUGCCAAAACCUGAGGAAAAAGAAUCUGAUCUAGUUGAAAAUUCCUCGAGUAAUAACAACUCUGUGCUUGAGCCUCCAGCUUCAUCAGGUCCUGUGAACAUUAUGAAAAGAGGAAAUAGUUGGUCCAGUGAAAGCUGUAAUAAUAGCCAACAAGACUCGUCACCUUAUACUUCUGAUACUGGUUGAAACAUUGUUAAUUUUAAAAUAAUCUAUAAAUAUUUUUUAUUUUAAUAUUUGUAUUAUUUAUUAUUGUUCUGAUUUUGUCAAAAACAAUUACGUUUUCACUGUGAAGGUGUGAUGUAAAUUAAUUUAUUAUUGUUUUAUUUAUUAAAUUGCUGGUUCUCAAUUGUAAAUUUGAUAUUUU